AAAAUCAACACUCCCAACUGCGAUGAUGAUUACCUCUGCUAACCACACGAUCCGCAGCUUAUUCUUCCCCACAGAUUUUUUAUGUAACGCAAUUACCAUUAAAUCAGCUAUUUCAUAUACGACAGAUUAUGCUCAAAGUGUAGUCGAAGACCACGACAACAUGCGGAAUCCGCCCUCACUCAAUUGCGACAGUCUCGAAGUUUUCACCACCUAGCGGAAUUAAAUUUUUAAAGUAAGGACAGGCGAUUGCUAAGCGCAAUGGAGCAAGAUACUACAACGCAAGUGAACGAAGCAAGCUUACCUGCUCCAACAUCAGACACAAAGAUCAGAAUCGUAUCUUUCAAUAUCUGUGGUAUUCGGAACGUACUUCAGUAUCACCCAUGGAGCGAAAAGAAGGAGUUUCUGCACAUGUUUGAAACAAUGGAGGCAGAUAUAAUCUGUUUCCAAGAGACAAAAAUACAGGGGAAGGACUUGACGAAGGACAUGGUAGUCGUGCCGGGCUUUGAUUCGUACUUCAAUCUACCCAAAAGCAAAAAAGGAUACUCAGGAGUCGCAGUAUACACUAGGACUUCAAAAUGCAGAGCUAUCAAAGCAGAGGAAGGCUUGACUGGAGUACUGGAAAUGCCUCGCAAAAAGUUCCAAGAGGUGACCAGUUAUCGCGACAGCCCUGACGCCAUUGGGGGCUAUGAUCGAUCCUUGAGUAUGUCUGAAGCUCUGCUGCUUGAUUCCGAAGGUCGCUCGCUGGUACUGGACUUUGGUGCUUUUGUUCUCAUUAAUGUCUACUGCCCAGCCGUAUCGAGCGACGAAAGAGCUAAUUUCCGAGAACGAUUUCAAGAAGUUCUUUUCAAUCGCGUUCAAACUCUAGUCGAGGUUCACGAACGAGAGGUGGUCGUUCUCGGUGACUUCAACAUCAUUCGCGCUAAAAUAGAUACCGCGGAUCCUUCCGAGAUCAUGAGAGCGAACAACUUGGAGUCGUUUCAGUCGACAUUUUCAAGAGCAUUGUUAAAUUCAGUUCUACGCCCCUCCACGACUGGAUUCCUCGCUGAUCUAUGCAGGAAAUUCCAUCCAGGUCGUAAGGGGAUGUAUACCUGCUGGAAUCAAAAACUGAAUGCCAGGCCUGGGAACUAUGGAUCCCGUAUCGACUACAUUUGCACAUCAAAGCUAUUGGAGGAAAAAUGCUCACAUGCAGAUAUCUGGGCAGAUCUGAUGGGCUCCGAUCACUGUCCGAUAUAUGCCGAUUUCCUGUUCAACAGCACCGAUGCACUUGUAGUCAACUGCGAACCCCCUCUAAUAUGUGCCAAUCGAAUUUUCCAGCCAGCACGAACACUCAAGAGUAUGUUUGAGACUCAGAAAAAAUCAGUCUCAUUGACCAGUGAGCAAAAGAGUGCGACAAGCGGCGAAGUACGGUCUAUUCAGGUCAUAUCUGGGGAUGCAGAACGGGAAACGCAGAAUAAGCGACCGAGACUGCAGUCACCUACGAAAAGCGGCACCGCAUCUCGGAAAUCUUCUGCUGGAAGUGGACAACUGAAAUUGACGAGCUUUGUAUCAAAGGCUCGUAAAGAUGAUCCAGAAGAGCCAGACGAUUUCCAGAUACCGAGUUAUCUACUUGCCGAAUACAGCUCCAAACCGACCCCGGACUCAUCCGACAAGUGGAAAAAACUAUUUAGCAAACCCGAGGCACCGGUCUGCAGUGGCCACGGCGAGCCCUGUACACAGCGAAUCACAAAAAAGUCGGGAAUCAACGAAGGACGCGCGUUUUGGAUAUGCUCGAGACCUGUUGGACCAGGAUAUGCAACGUCGACGAGACCGAAAGAUGAAGUGAACAAAGACUAUAGAUGCUCAUAUUUCAAAUGGGCAACCUCCAAGGAAUAGACGAAGCUUUCGGAAUGUGAUUGAUUCGCAGUAAAAUGACAUGUUUCUCGGUGAUAAACGCUAAGAAAACAAUAUCAGCGAAAUGCCAAGUCUGGAUAUGCAAGCAGACUAUACUUAUGACGAAGUACUGCAGCGAUCUUCAGUGUUAGCUUCCUUGGUCUACUCAAACCCAAGAUAUGUGAGAGGUAGACAGUCACGACAAUUCUUGCUUAUAACAUUGAGGAGAGUCCACACAGUCUGCAAUCGCAACAGAUUGCAUCAGUUCAGUAUGAGAGAGCUUUACCAAGCUGCUGACGUCUAUGCGUACCUUACUUUAG